AAACUCCAGAAGAAACUGUGGUCCGCAGAGCCGCAACACCAUGACUCGAACAAGGCUGCUGCGGGUGCAGACAACGAGGACGAGUCCGAGGACGAGGACCUUCAAACUCCUGAUGUGAAACCUGAGGUCUGUGGGGAUUCGGAGAUCAUGGAGGGGAUGCAUCUCCUAAGGGAGGAAGCGGCAGCUUUCGCGGAUGCUGAUUCUGAUGAUGACGACGACGACUGUCAACUAGGCAUUGUCAUCGACGACUCAUAUGCCGAACUGGAGAUGACGAACUCAGACGCCACAUCCAUCUCUCAUGAUGAUUACGUGAAGAUGAUCAAGCGCGCCAAAGAGGCCAUGGAGCAAAUGGUGCUCCGCGAGCUUCACGAACACGUGUGCGUUGGGCCAAUGCCGCUAGGUGCUGUUAACAUUACGUUCUCAUCGCCAGCCCAGCUCAUGACUCACUUCCUCGAUGCUUGCCACAAUGUGGCAAAGACGGACCUCGACAUCGA